AGCGAGGUGACGUCAUCGCGCGGCGCGGGCACGCGGCAGCAAUGGCGGCGGCGGCGGCGGCAGGAGGAGGAGGAGGAGGAGGAGCGGGAGCGAUGGCGGCCCCGGCCCCGCCGCGGGGCAUCCGCGCCUGGCUGCGGAGCGCGUUCCGCUUCGCCACCGACCGCAACGACUUCCGCAGGAACCUGCUGGUGAACCUGGGGCUGUUUGCUGCAGGGGUCUGGGUCGCCCGGAACCUGACAGACAUCGACCUGAUGGCCCCACAGCCAGUCCCAUAGCAGCGGAAGGAGCCGGAGCUGCUGGGAGCAGAGCUUGUCCUCCCACCAGGACAGGAGCUGUGGAGCUGCUCUGAUCCCUCCUGUCCCACCUGGAGCUGCUCUGAUCCCUCUUGUCCCACCUGGAGCUGCUUCGAUCCCACCUGUCCCUCCUGGAGCUGCUCUGAUCCCACCUGGAGCUGCUCUGAUCCCACCUGUCCCUCCUGGAGCUGCUCUGAUCCCUCCUGUCCCUCCUGGAGCUGCUCUGAUCCCACCUGGAGCUGCUCUGAUCCCCCUGGAGCUGCUCUGAUCCCUCCUGUCCCCACCUGGAGCUGCUCUGAUCCCUCCUGGAGCUGCUCUGAUCCCUCCUGUCCCUCCUGGAGCUGCUCUGAUCCCCCUGGAGCUGCUCUGAUCCCUCCUGGAGCUGCUCUGAUCCCACCUGGAGCUGCUCUGAUCCCCCUGGAGCUGCUCUGAUCCCUCCUGUCCCCACCUGGAGCUGCUCUGAUCCCUCCUGUCCCCACCUGGAGCUGCUCUGAUCCCUCCUGGAGCUGCUCUGAUCCCUCCUGUCCCUCCUGGAGCUGCUCUGAUCCCUCCUGGAGCUGCUCUGAUCCCACCUGGAGCUGCUCUGAUCCCCCUGGAGCUGCUCUGAUCCCACCUGGAGCUGCUUUGAUCCCUCCUGUCCCUCCUGGAGCUGCUCUGAUCCCACCUGGAGCUGCUUUGAUCCCUCCUGUCCCUCCUGGAGCUGCUCUGAUCCCUCCUGUCCCUCCUGGAGCUGCUCUGAUCCCUCCUGGAGCUGCUCUGAUCCCACCUGGAGCUGCUCUGAUCCCCCUGGAGCUGCUUUGAUCCCUCCUGUCCCUCCUGGAGCUGCUCUGAUCCCUCCUGUCCCUCCUGGAGCUGCUCUGAUCCCACCUGGAGCUGCUCUGAUCCCUCCUGUCCCUCCUGGAGCUGCUCUGAUCCCACCUGGAGCUGCUCCGAUCCCACCUGUCCCUCCUGGAGCUGCUCUGAUCCCACCUGGAGCUGCUCCGAUCCCACCUGUCCCUCCUGGAGCUGCUCUGGUUCUCCCUGUCCUGCCUGGAGCAGUGACAAGGACAAAAGGUUUCAUGCUGAGAGGGAGAAUUGGUUUCCCAUGGAUUCAUUCCUUUGGGAAUUGUUUCCUCGAGGAUGCGCACAGAAUUUCCUCCUGUACCCCCCACCCCCAGAUGUUUAUUAAAGUUUAUGGAAUAACAACACAA